UUAUACGUGUAAAAUAAAAAGAUUUUAGCCUGAACUCGCACCAAAGGCAAAGUUUUUGGAAAACAGCAAAAAUGACGGUCUCCUCUUAGACAGGCCUUUGGCGAUCUGUCUAUUAAUCUGUGUUUCUAUUCAUCAAUCUGACGCAAACGCUUCAUGUGCAGCAGGCUUUAAUCAUAUGGGGAUUCACCAUGAUUCACCAGUAAAGAAGGUUAUCUCUCUUCUCAUCUCUUGUUCUCUGUCACCAGUUAUUUAUAUUCAAAGAUAAAAGAAGUAUACAGAUAAAUAUUUAAGAGACAGGACAGAAGUAAAGUUCCAUAGAGAGUGUACAGACUAACAAAGACUGGUUCACAAAUAACUAUAUAUUGUUAUACCACAAGUCGUUGAAAGCCAAAUGCUUUACUAGAAUUCAACACAAAGCAUUAUUUUAUUUUUGAGAUUUAUAUGAAUUACUAGACGUACACUUUAUUUGAUGUAAAAUAGUGUGCAAUUGUCACAAGAAAUGGGUAAUUCCAAAAGUAAAAGUGAACAAACGUUUCGUAGCCGAGGGGGAAUAAUUGUAGAUAUAAAUGGAAAAGUAUACAAUGAUGUCAGUCCUUCAAGUGAAGUGAAGAAUAAUAUUCAUUAUAAUAAACCAAAUACUAAUACUGCAUUUCCAAAAUCUAAUGAUUACAAAAGUUAUCCAAAUUCUGAAAGAAAACAAUAUUCAUUUCAUGAAAUUGAUAAAUCUCAUAAGAGAACAUUUAAUGAUACAAUUAUUCAAUCUAAGUUUGUGACGGAGACUUGUGAGAAAGAAAAAUACAAUAAUGAAAAUCAAACAAAUGAAGUGAAAAAUAAGUUUGCAAUUGCUGCACCCCAUAAAAUAUCUACUAAAGAUGAUUUUAUGACAGAAUGGUUUUCUUGGAAAGAUGAGUUCCUUAAAUAUAUGAAAUCAAUUGACCAAGCAGAGAGUAAUAAACAAGACUGGGGUAUAAUGCUCUUAAAUCGUAUGGGUCCUAUUGGCCAAGAAAUUUAUAGAACUUUCUUGUCUGAUAAGAACGAUGCUAAAGAUAUAGAUGCAUUGCUAAAACAAUUCGAUUUUUAUUGCAUAUUUGGAGGUAGAAGAAGAGGAGAUGAUGAAGAUAUCGAUGAAUAUGUCAAUAACCUGAUGGUAAUGGCAUCAAAACAUAUGGCUAGUACACAUGAAGCAGUGAAAGAAAAAAUUCUGAUGGAAAUUGACAAAGGUAAAUUUACAAGAAAAGCUGAAAGUUUAAUUAUGGGUUUUUCAUUUCCAUCGAGUAUACAGUCGUUAACUGUAAAAGAAAUAACAUAUAUUUGGAUGUUAUAUGAGAAUGUAAAUUUCAAGCGAAGUGAGGAAAUCCACAAUUUUAUAGUUAAAAAUUGCAAUAAUUGUGGAAGAACACAUAAAAUGUAUAACUGUUAUGCUCGUGGAAAACGAUGUAAUAAGUGCGGUAACGAGAAUCACUAUUGGACAAGAUGUCCUUCUCAAUUUAUUGAUAAUUGUUUAUACUGCGGGGAAGCCCAUUUUGUUCGAGAGUGUCCUGCUUAUUUGAACGAGUGUAACAAAUGUAACAGAACAAAUCAUUUCUCCUGGAAAUGUUCGAUUUCAACAGUAUUGAAUUGCAACUAUUGUGGUUUAACACAUAUCGCAUCUAGAUCUGCAUGCUCUGCAGCAAAUACUAUAUGCUUUAUUUGCAAGAGAAGAGGACAUGUUCCAUCAAAAUGUUUCAAAAAAUCAACAUAUAGAUAAUUUAAAAGUAUCAUCUGAAUA